AUGGCGCAGGACCCGGACGUUUCCAGCGUUGACGGCCUGCUGGCCGGUGGCAUGCUUGCAAUGCACGAGAGCGUGGCGGCUGCGGUUGAGAGUACAUUGGGCCGGCCGAUUCCAGAAGUGGAGAUCUUCUUCCGUGACUUGCAUAUUUCAGCGCGUCUCCCACUGGCAAGACCAGGGUCAGAGGGACCUCAAGUCCCCACUAUUUGGACACAAAUCAAGCAGGGAGUGAUGAAGUGCUUCUCUAACCAAGAAACGGCCGAGAAGGAGAUCCUGCGUGGCGUCACGGGCGUCUUCAAGCCCACACGAAUCACUUUAGUACUAGGUCAGCCUGGUUCAGGUAAAUCUUCACUACUCAAGAUCCUUAGCGGUCGAUUUCCAAUGAACAAGACUAUCGGAGUGUCCGGCGAGAUCACGUACAAUGGCGUUCAACGAUCGGAGCUGCUGGCCCGCUUGCCACGGUUCAUUGCGUACACGAACCAGAAAGAUGAUCACUAUCCUCAGCUCACAGUGCAGGAGACGUUUGAGUUCGCUCAUCGAUGCUGUGGAGGUGCAAACCUUGAACCUUGGGUGCUUAAAGCGCUCGAAAAGUGUACAGGAGAGCAACACGAACGCGCUGUCAAAGUCAUGACAGCGCAACACAGGUUCGCCGCGGAUAUUCGAGUCAAAUCCCUCGGUUUAGAUCGAUGCAAAGACACAAUGGUGGGCAACGCUAUGAUCCGUGGCGUGUCCGGCGGUGAACGCAAACGUGUUACAACGGGAGAAAUGACGUUCGGUCGUAAGCGUGCCAUGUUGCUGGACGAGAUCAGUACCGGCCUUGACGCUGCGACCACGUACGAUAUCGUCAACUCACUCAAGAGUUUAACUCGCCACUUCAAAGCGAAUAUCGUGGUUUCUCUACUACAACCGCCACCGGAAGUAUUCAAUCUGUUUGACGACAUCUUGAUCAUGAACGACGGGCGGAUCAUGUACCAUGGCCCGCGUGAACAAGUGCAGGAGUACUUCGAGAAAAUGGGUUUCCAUUGUCCUCCUCGCAAGGAUGUGGCAGAUUUUCUGUUAGAUCUUGGAACGGACAAGCAACAUGCCUACGUUAGUGAAGAAUCUAGAGAUGCUGACAUCCCGUUCCAGUCUGUGGAUUUUGCAGAGCGCUUCCGCCAGUCUGAUAUCUUCCAGGAUACUUUAACCUAUAUGAGAACUCGUCCAGACCACAAAUCGGACCUGUUCGACCCACUUCAAGACCCGUGCGUGUUCCGACAAUCGUUUCUCGACGACUUGUGCACUGUACUACGUCGUCAAUGGAAGAUCAAACUCCGAGACCGAACGUUCCUUAUCGGACGAGGCUUUAUGGUGUUGAUCAUGGGGUUGCUCUAUGGCUCUGUAUUCUGGCAAAUGAACGACGCUAACAGCCAGUUGAUCCUCGGCCUGCUCUUCUCAUGUACCAUGUUCCUCUCGAUGGGCCAAGCUGCUCAACUACCAACGUUCAUGGAAGCUCGCAGUGUGUUUUACAAGCAACGCGGAGCGAAUUUCUUCCGGUCAUUGGCCUAUGUGUUAGCCUCAUCAUUGACGCAGAUCCCGUUCGCCAUCUUUGAGACGGUUUUGUUCGGGUCGAUCGUCUACUGGAUGGGAGGAUACGUAGCUCUCGCGGACAGAUUCAUCUCGUUUCUAGUCACACUUUUCCUGUGUCAAAUGUGGUUCACAGCGUACUUUUUCUUCCUGUCGGCCAUUUCUCCAAGUAUCACGAUCGCUCAGCCCGUCAUGAUGGUCUCCAUUCUCUUCUUCGUCAUGUUCGGAGGAUUUCUGUUGAGGAAGACAGAUAUUCCCGAUUACUUCAUCUGGUUCUACUGGAUCGACUCGGUCGCGUGGAGUAUUCGCUCGCUCAGCAUUAACCAGUAUUUGGCUCCAAAAUUCGAUGUCUGCGUGUAUGGAGGCAUCGACUACUGCGCUCAUUUCGGAACAACAUUUGGUAAAUACAGCCUUAAACUGUCUGGUUUGCCAACGGAAGAAGCGUGGAUCUACUUGGGGUGGCUCUACUUUUUCGUCGGGUAUGUGAUUCUCGUUCUCGCAGCAAAUUUUGUACUAGAGUACAAACGUUAUGAGAGCCCGGAGAGCACGACUGUAGUACAAGCUGAUCUUGAUGCUAAGCAGGGACCUCCAGAUGCCAAGAUAAGUAGCAUAAAGGUGGCUCCUGCACCUCAAGAACACGUCACUGUUCCGAUCGUAACCCCGAGAUCUAGAGCUCCACCUGUCACGCUAGCUUUCCACGAUUUAUGGUACUCCGUCCCCAUGCCUGGUGGUAAGAAAGGAGAAGAUAUUGAUCUGCUUCAAGGUGUCUCUGGAUACGCCAAACCUGGAACAAUGACAGCACUUAUGGGGUCUUCUGGUGCUGGUAAAACCACGCUCAUGGACGUCAUCGCAGGACGUAAAACUGGAGGUAAAAUCCGCGGCAAAAUCUUGCUGAAUGGAUACCCGGCCAAUGAUCUUUCCAUUCGUAGAAGUACAGGCUAUUGCGAACAAAUGGAUAUCCACUCGGAGUCUGCAACAAUUCGAGAAGCUAUAGUCUUCUCGGCCAUGUUACGACAGAGUGCCAGUGUCUCCACCAAGGAGAAGAUGGAGUCGAUAGACGAAUGCAUUACGCUGUUAGAGCUCGGUCCCAUUGCAGACAAGAUCAUUCGUGGGUCAUCAACUGAGCAGAUGAAGCGCCUGACUAUCGGUGUCGAGCUUGUUGCGCAACCUAGUAUCAUCUUUAUGGACGAACCUACUAGUGGUUUGGAUGCACGAUCGGCUAAGCUCAUCAUGAAUGGAGUACGCAAAAUCGCCAACUCUGGACGAACAAUCGUGUGUACAAUUCACCAGCCUAGCUCUGAGGUUUUCAGCUUUUUCGAUUCUCUUUUACUUCUUCGACGUGGUGGAUGUAUGGUGUUUUUCGGAGAACUCGGUAAAGAUUCGAGUAACCUUAUCAACUACUUUGAAACAGCUCCAGGAGUGACACCAAUCGAGCCUGGAUAUAACCCCGCGACGUGGAUGCUUGAGUGCAUUGGCGCUGGAGUGGGUGCUAGUUCUGGUACUGGGAUGGAUUUCGCUGAGUAUUUUUCAAAAAGUGAAUUAAAGACUAGUAUGGAUAAAAAUCUGGAUAAAGAUGGAGUUCUUCGACCGUCUGCUGACCUUCCUGAGCUUAAGUUUUCGAACCAAUUCGCAUCGACAGGGAUGAUGCAGUUUGACUUGCUAUGUCGUCGGUUCUUCCACAUGUACUGGCGAACUCCUACGUACAACCUUACUCGUUUGAUGAUCAGUGUGAUGCUUGGUGCAAUUCUCGGCGUCAUCUAUCAAGCAACCGACUACACGACCUUCACCGGUGCAAACGCAGGUGUUGGACUAGUGUUUAUCAGUACUGUAUUCUUGGGAAUCAUCGGCUUCAACAGUGUCAUGCCUGUAGCUGCAGACGAACGUACGGCAUUCUACCGUGAACGAGCAUCCGAGACGUACCAUGCAUUAUGGUAUUUUGUCGCGGGUACACUGGUGGAGAUCCCGUAUGUUUUACUGUCAGCUCUCGCCUUCACUAUUAUCUUCUACCCAAGUGUUGGUUUUACUGGCUUUGAAACGUUUAUUCAAUACUGGCUUGUGGUAUCUCUCAACGCUCUACUGUUCGUGUAUUUCGGUCAACUUUUGGUGUUUGCCUUGCCUAGUGUAGCUGUUGCAUCGAUUGCUGGGGCAUUACUGAGCUCCAUCUUCAUGCUGUUCUCAGGCUUCAACCCUCCGGCGAAUAAUAUCUCGUUAGGUUACAAGUGGAUCUAUUACAUCUCGCCGCCUACGUACAGUAUAGCAACACUUGUUGCAAUGGUCUUUGCUGACUGCCCCGAUGGAACCAACAGUAACCUCGGUUGUCAAGUUUUGAAGAACGCGCCGCCUACUAUCGGCAACAUUACUCUGAAGCAGUACGUCGAGCUGGCCUUCAACAUGAAGUCGGAUCAAAUUGGCAGGAACGUCUUGAUCCUCGGCAUUCUCAUCGUGGUAUUCCGUUUGUUAGCGUUGCUAUCACUACGAUACAUUAGCCACCUUAAACGGUAACGGAUACCGUAACUCUAACUCUAGUUGCAAAAUCAAUAAACUGCAUUGAAUAAAUACC